AUGGUUUUACACAGUUUUCCGCUCAAGAAAGUGUGUCAGUUGAUAGAACCGGGUCCGAUUGUGCUGGUGACGACUCGGGCUCGAGACGAGUCGAUUAAUGUUAUGACCAUGGGGUUUCAUAUGAUGCUGCAGCACCAUCAUCCGACGCUGAUAGCGUGCUCGUUGGGUCCGUGGGAUUACAGCUUCAACACUCUUAAAAAAACCAAAGAGUGUGUUAUUGCAGUUCCUACAGUGGAUAUGGCCGAGACUGUCGUUGAUAUUGGUAAUUGUUCGGGCGACGAGGUCAAUAAGUUCCGAGAAUAUAACCUGACAGCAGUCCAAGGAUCCAAAGUCAAAGCUCCCCUGAUUGGCGAGUGUCUUGCGAAUCUCGAAUGUGUGGUUGAAAACACCAGUCUUGUGAGCAAAUACGACCUGUUUGUAUUAAGAGUGGUGCGAGCAUGGAUAGAUAAAGACCGCCAAGAGCAGCGGACCAUCCACCACCUCGGUCAGGGAAAGUUCAUUGUCGCUGGCGACCGUAUAGAUCUUCAGAACCGAAUGGUGAAGUGGCGCGGGCUCAUCUCCGACGAUGACGACGACGAAGAGCCGUCCAGUGACGGUGAAGAGGACCUGGAUGAGGAAGGGGAGUACGAGGAUUAG